AUGGAGGACUACGAAACGUCCGACCACUUCACGAGGCGCAACAAGAUGUCAAAAGACAUCGGGCGUGGAGUUUCGUUGUCGGCAGAGGCUCGCGCCGCGCUGCCAUCGUUGGACAACUUCAUGUCGCACCAGAACCCUACCAGCGGGGAGUUUUCGCUUGACCUCGUCUUGGAGAAGUGCUUGGACCUCACCUUCCCGCAAAAGGCGCGAAAGUUGUUUUUGGAUAAGACGAACGCCUACGUCAAGCACUGCACGACGGCGCCGCCGCCCGGGGAAGAGGACAAGCGGAAGCCACACCAGAUGAAGAAGUCCGCCACGCUCGGUCGCGUCACGCUCGGGGAGCGGUCCGAGGAGCGCAACACCUACGGCAUGUUCGAGGAGCAGCACAUCGACGGCAUGAUCGGCAUUUUCAUCACCAUGGGCCUCACGAAGAAAGUCCGGAUGCGAAAGCACUGGAGCCGGUCCGCCCACGACAACUACCCGCUGGUCCAGAAGUGCAUGUCGCGCGACGUGUUCGAGCUCUUGUACUGCCGCUUCCUUCACUGCUCCGACCCCAACGCUCCGGAGCGACUGCUACCCGAUGGCGAAGAAAACCCAGAUUACGACUCCAAGUGGCAUAUCAGGGAGCUAGAAGAGAUCCUCAACACUGCAUGGGCGGCGAACGUCGAGUGUGACAAUUGGUUGUCGUACGACGAGCAAAUGAUCAAGACUGUUUCGAAGUACUCGAGCAAGGUUUCUUUCUACUGCCCGGCGAAGCCCAUCAAGCACGGUGAGCAUGCGCACGCAUUUGAAAGCUUGUCUCACGAAAGGGGUCUCCGAGAGUAG